UCAGUCGCCACAUUUAUCAUUUUUAACGCUGUGAUCGGCGAGAUAUGAACGUUUCAUGAAUCACACGUGAACUCUGAGCUCAGAUGAUUUCUGCGUUAGACUGAUAAACGAUGUUUGACUGUUGUUGAAUCUUUACAGAUUUAAUUGAGUCAGCAGUUAAUAAUUCUUUAUUGUUUAUUUAUAACAUUCAGUCUGCUGACGCAGUAAACCUUCAACAUCACAUCAACUCUCUCUAGCUCAGCACAGAUAAACGUUAUAUCAUUGAGUCAACGUCUGAACCAAUCAGCUGUUAGAUCAGCGGGCAGCCAGGUGUUUCCCAUCAUGCAGUGCGGUCCUGCAGUCAGUGCGGAGCAGCUGCAGCGCCUCCUCCCGUCAGAUUACCGUCGAAACGUGUGCAUGACGUCAGAGCAAGUCGGGAUCAAGUCGGAAAUUAAUCUAACCAGCAUGCAUUGGGUGUGAUCGCCGCUGAUCGAUUCUGCGCAUGCUCGGCUGCAGUGAGUCAACAUACACCCCCGCUGAUUGGACGGUUCGUGGCGUGAGGAGGGCGGGGUUUGUUUAGAAACGGUAAGCAGUGAAGCAGCAGCUGAUUGGUUCUUUGACAGUUUCGUCAGUGACGUCACUUCAGGGAACUCAGCAGGAAAUUACCAGAGUGUCACACUAGAAAGUAAAGUCACUGUCCAAUCAGAGUGCAGCUCUUAUCUGACAGACCUUUGAUCAGCUGCACUCUGCAGUCAGUGUGAGUUGUUGUCAGAGCGAGAUGAAGGGUUGCCCUCCUCCUCCUCGUCUUCGUCUUCUUCUUCUUCUUCUUCCCUCCUUCUUCCUCCCUCAUCUUCACGCUCCAGUUGAUGGCGGCCAUGUUCUGGUUUUUCCAGGCGAGUACAGCCAUUGGUUGAACAUGCGGAACAUCAUGGAGGAGCUGGUGAAGAGGAACCACUCUGUCACCGUGUUGGUCCCCGACGCCUCGCCGUCAGUCGGCUACAACAACAGCCGAGAUGCCGCCAAGUUCAACUUUCUGGUUUUCAAGGUCCCGUUCAGUCGGGCGGAGCUUCACGGCCUCACGGAGGAGUUAAUCUACUUCGCCAUGUACGAGUCUCACGUCUCGUCUCCACUCACGAAGUUCCUGAAGGCUCGUGAUUGGCUGAGCCGGUCUGUCGGCCUCGGGAUGCAGCAGUGUGACUCCAUGUUGAAGAACGAGCAGCUGAUGGUGACGUUGCGGGACGCUGCGUUCGACGCCGUGCUGCUCGACCCGAUGGUGAUGUGUGGUGACCUGGUGGCCGACGUGCUCGGCUUGCCCCUCAUCAUCUCCCUUCGCUUCUCCCUCGGCGGGGUCUUGGAGCGCCACUGUGGCCAUGCGCCGGCGCCGCCGUCCUACAUCCCGCCAGCUCCGCUGCCGUAUGGCGACCACAUGACGUUUGUGGAGCGGCUGAUCAGCGUUGUGACGUACGUGUGGCUGUCAGUGAUGAUGGAGGUGUUCUGGAGGCUGACGCUGGAUCAGUAUUACAGUGAGGUCAAAGGAAGUCCCAGCAGCGCCUGCUCCACUCUGGGGAACGCUGACAUCUGGCUCAUCAGGACCUUCUGGGACUUGGAGACGCCGCGGCCGAUCCCACCCAACUUCAAAUACGUGGGCGGUCUGCACUGCAAACCAGCCAAUCAGCUGCCAGAGGACUUGGAGGCCAUCGUGCAGAGUUCAGCUGACGCCGGUGUGGUGGUAGUUUCCUUUGGCUCCAUGGUAACCAACCUAACGGCGGAGCGGGCUGAUGUCAUCGCCACCGCCUUUGGUCAAAUCCCACAGAAGGUGAUCUGGAGGUUCAGCGGAGACACGCCCACAAUGCUGGCAGCAAACACCAAGCUCUCUGAUUGGAUCCCUCAGAACGACCUGUUGGGUCACCCAAAGACAAAAGCGUUUGUGACGCACGGCGGCACCAACGGUUUGUAUGAGGCCGUGUAUCACGGUGUGCCGCUAGUCGGAAUCCCACUGUUUGGGGAUCAGCCUGAUAACCUUGCACGUCUGAGUCGCCGUGGGGCCGCCAUCGUCCUCGACUUCAACCGUCUGACCUCUGAUGAGCUGACAGAGGCGCUGCUCGCCGUCAUCAACGAGCCGAGCUACAAGUCCAACAUGGAGCGGCUGUCAGUGCUUCAUCGUGACCAGCCGGUGGCGCCACUGAGCACCGCUGUCUUCUGGGUGGAGUUUGUGAUGCGACACAGUGGAGCACCACACCUGCACCUGGCGUCACAUGACCUGACCUGGUUCCAGUAUUACAGCUUGGACACUGGCGCCGCCCUGCUGGGCGCCAUGCUGAUCGCCACCACCAUCGUCUGGGGCAGCAUCCGCUUCUUCCUGCGAUGCAGCAGCCAGCGACGAAGAGAGAAGAAUGACUGAAGAUGAGAAGAGUUUGAUGAACUAAUAAAUAAUGGAAUAUUUCAGAUCCUUCAUGUAAACAAACUGUUGUCCAUCAGCAGCAGGCAUCUCCACGCCACAGACAGAAGAAGAGCAGCAGAGCAAACAGGAAGUCAGAAGUAAACAUUAUUUUGUUUGUGGUUGUUAAAGUAAACAAAAUCGGUUCAGUGUCGUCACAAAGCUGCUCCUGUCCAAUCUAAUCGUCAUUGGUAGAAGUCUUUUGAAGGUAAUCAGAUUACAACCGAUGUAUUCUCAGUAACUUUAUUUUCACACAAAAACACAAAUCAGCUGAUUUCAGGUGUUAUUUUUAUUUUGUACAAAAACAGAACAGAACAGAAGCUCUGCCCCUCCAAUCAGAAACAGGAAAAUGAUAAAGUUUCAUUUUCAAAUAGUCUUUUAACACAGAUCAGAUCAAUCACACAAUAAUACUGAUCAGCUGGACUUUUGGUCACCAUGGUAACAACCAAUCAGUCAGAAGCAGAAAAACAAAAAACAUUUGAGUUUUACAGGAAGCAAAAUUUCUUUCAAUGUAUUAAAAAAUGGCAGCAGGAGUGAAAGAGUGAAAACACUUAAAAGUAAAAACAAAAACAAGACUCUUUAAAUGUUUUAAUAGAGUCUGUACAAGAAGUGAAAUACAAAAUAAAACUAAAAAGAGAAAUAAAUAAACAAAGCUGGACAAGUUUUAUUUCACAAAAAUCAUCUAAAAAUUAAACUAAAAUCUGGAGUCUGAACCUUUCACAAUAAAAUAAACAAUGAUUGGAGAAAAAUGAAAUAAAUGUCCUGCUGAUCAUCAUCAUGCGACCUUUCAGCGGCCACGCCCCUCAUGUUGGCUACCCACAGAGAGGAUUCUGGGAAAUGAAGAGUGAACGCUAAGAAGAGAUUACACAGUAAAAAUUAAGUUACAUUUUCUGUUUUAACACCUUUACCUGUGAUGUCACUUCCCUUUUACCACAGGAUCAUCAAAAUAAAAGUUUGGAUCAAACUCAC